AUGGAUUGGAAUAAAAAACGUGUAAACUUGAAUGAUCCUACAGAGUUUGAAUCACUCAUAACCAUUGAACCAAUGGAAGUGAGUCAAGUCAAACAAGAGCCAUUAGAUUUAAGCUUCGAGGAGUAUGAGAUUUCGCGGAAACCUAGUUCAAUUCAUAUUUCACAGAAUGAACCACGUGGAGUGUUGAAAAAGAAACCUCGUUUUGCUGAUCCAAUUAUUAUCGAAGAAGAGGAUAUUGUUCCCAGCAAUAAUAUAGAUUGUCUACUAAAUGAGGACGAAUUGAUUGAACAGAUGGAUAGCAUUUCGGUUGAAGAUCCAUCCGACAAACCUGGUGGUUCUGAAAAUGAAAUUGUACCAUCGAUUGAUGAGCAGAACGCCCGUUUAGAUCAGAUAAGUUCAAGAAUAUUUGCUACUAUUUUGCCGGACAAUGGAUCUGUUGAACAGCUUAAGCAGGAUAUGAAACAAGCCUACAAACGUUUAAACAUGAUCACAAAUGGAGCUCAAGUAUUGGUGUUCAAUUGUUCAAAGACAGAUAUUCGUCUGGAGAGAAUAUUUCACCAAGUUCAACAUUGUGUAUUCUCUUUAAAUGGCUUCCCAAAUUUGGCAACGAUGAUAUUAUUUUGUCACAAAGUUUAUGAUUGGUUAGCGCUUGAUGAAUGUCACAUAAUUCUACUGCAUGCUGAAGGUGAAGAAGCCAAAGUUCGUUUACUUCUUCUAAUUCUCGCACUGAAUGCAUUCUAUGGAUCGCUUGACAAAUAUCGUAAUAACAGAAGUAACUCCCUAAAACGAUACGUUACGUCAUAUUCCAAUGGAAUUUCACAAGCUCCAGUUGGAUGGAUGAGAUAUGCUGGAUAUAUGAAAAUGUUCUCUCCAACCAACAGUCUAAGCAUUUUACGUGCUCCCUUGCAUAUCUAUCAAAUAUAUUUGAUAAAUUUCCCAGUUUUUGAAAAGAAUAAAUUAAGAUUAUACUUUAAAUUUUACACCGGUUCCCCACCUGUACAUUUGUAUACAACUGAAAUUCAUGAAUAUGAACGAACCACUUCCCCAAGUCUUUUAUUAAAUCUCCAAUCCAGCGCACAACAUAAUGUUGGUUUACAAUUGAGCGGAGAUAUCACCAUAUUAGCUUAUCAUUCCAGGAGUUAUCCAUUAAAACGAAUUCGUUUAUUCCGACUUCAUAUACAUUCCUGUCAAGGGAUUGAGGAUUCAAUCAAAUUUGUACAGAAUGAUUUUGAUGAGAUUUCUGAAUCCUUCCCUUCAUCAAUGAGUUUAAUUUUAAACCUAAGUCAGAAACCUAUUCCAGGAGUUAAUCAAAUAAAUAAUAUAAGAGUGGAAAAUUUCUCCAGACCCAAGUCAUCUUCUGGUACUUCAGGUAAUUUAUUUGAUAUACAGAAUAAUCCUGAAGACCGAUCACGUUUAAACGACUCCUUAGAAAAUUUAACAGAACCACUGAAUUCGCGUAAACUUUGUCUAAGAUUGGCACCUUGUUUCAGUAAAUCAAAUAAUUCCACUUCCUCAGUUGUCUAUAGUAGACUCGCUUCAGCAAGGAUCGUUUCAAAAUUGUCUAAUGAAUAUGAUAGUAAAACAGAUAACGAACAAAGUGAUAUCGUAUCGUCAAAUGACAGAACAAAUGGGCAGUUUGAUCCUUGGCUGGAUACAAGUAUAAACCAGCGAAUUCACCAAGGUAUAUAUGAAUACUUAGAUGCUGGAUUGGAGGAUAUACACGAAGAAUUUGAUAAUGUGGAAGAAGAGCAGGAUAAUGUUGGUGAGUUGGAAGAUUCAAUUAAUACUAACAGUCAAAUGGAGAAUGAUUCUUUAGAGUCGAACAUUUAUAGUAAAGUUGGGAAACGUCAGCAUUCUCGUCAGCCAUCCACAUCAUCUUCCUCAUCGGCAUCAUCAGUAUCGUCUGCAUUCAGAAAGUUGCAUCUUAAACAUUUGUUUAAAAGUACAAAAUCCAAGAAUAAAGAAGUCUCCUCAUCUUUACAAGAAUCAGAAAGUCGAAAUUCUCCAAACAGUUCACAUGAACAAGAUAUGAUGCCUCCACCGUCGAGUACAACUGUUUUAAAACACUCUAAAAAGCAUAAAAAUAUUGGUACACGUAUUUUAAAUUUCUUCUCUGCUCAACCGAAACAUCGAAAAUUGGAUGAUAAUAAUCGAGCGACAAAUGGUUCAUCAAUUCAUUCAUCUGAUCCACCAAGCUUAAUGGAUGAUGAUUCUUCUGAGUUAAGUUUGGGUCAACCAUCAUCAAAUGAAAAUGUACAAGUGAAAAGUUCCCUACGGAAAACACAAGCAUCUAGUCGGCUUAUAGCAACAGAUAAACUUGGUCCUCCGCGUAAAACUCGUAAAUUGGUGUCAGUGGAUAAUUCUGGAGAACUACAGUGGAGUAAAGCCAUUGUCAAAACCUACUACCCGACAGAAGAUCUAGUUGAAGCAGCACGACGUCUCAACAUAAUGGCUGGAACACAAGAACUUGACCGUCUGUUAGAAGAAUUACGUCUAACAAGUAUGAAUAUGGCUGCUGGUCUCCCACCGCCUUCCACCACGCAUUACAACUCUAAACCAUACCAUUCAUCACAAACACAAAGAAAACAGCUAUUCCAUGAGGAAGUCUAUCCAGAAAAUCGAUAUAUACCCAGUCGAUCAGCUUCUGUCACUGGCUACAGUACAGAUGCACAUAAUUUCAAUGAUUCUGUACACUCUAAUUAUUAUCAGAAACAUUCAACCUUGUAUACAGAUAGAAUUGAUAAUAUUGGGAAAAAUACAAUUGGAAGUAGAUAUGCAGCAUCGUUGACAAAUUCUCCUCGACAUCAUCAAACAGUAUUUACAACAACACUUAAACAACGUCCACCAGUUGCCCCAAGGAAAUUCAAUCAAAUUCAUUUGACAAUUGAUCCGGAAUGUGGAACUGCAGAUACACACUCUGCAGUCUCAGUACGAUUAGAUAAUCGAGAGUCGUAUACACGUGAAAAGAAACUGGAAUCUGAUUUACAAUCGGCUAGACAAGAGUUAGCAAAUCUUAGACGUGCAAUGAGUUUGGUCGAUGAGAGUCAUCAACGUGAAAAUCUAUGCGAUUCUAGAAAUCUUCUUUCACCAAGUCAUUCAGUGCCAAGACGAUCACCAAAUACAGAAUCACAUCAAUUCUUGAGUACAAGUUCUUCAUUUCAUCGUUCUUAUCAAUCACAACAACAGCAACAACAACACAGUACACCAGCUAGUGUCAGUAUCAAAACUCAUCAUCAUGAUUGA